AUGACUUCUAUUAUAAUUAUAAUCACAAUCAAUGCUUUGUUUAUUAUUUUAUUGCUUGUUCAAAAGUAUCAAAAAUAAAAAUAAAAUCCAUAAUUGAAAGCUAAAAUAAAAAGAAUUUUUUAAGAAUUUUUAAAUCUCAGUGAAGAGCAAAAGUAUGAUCUCUUAUUAUCUGGUCUUAAGAUAUAAAUAGGUAAAAAUCAUAAAAGACUAUUUAAAGAUUAGUAGAUUAAUUAUACUAUUAAAUAAAAUAAACUAAAUGACUUAGCUACUAAAAAUUAAUAAAAAUUAAACUCUGAAAGCGAUUACUUUGAUAAAGAUAAUGAAAAUAGCCCAAAUACUGUAUAUACCAACAAGAUAAACUAAUCUCCUAUUUUUUUAUAAUUCGAAGAAUUAAAUUUAGUAAGCAAUUAAAAAGAUAAAGAGGAUAACUCUAAUAAAUUAAUAAAAUUAAAACAAAAAUACUUAGCUCCUGUAAAUUAACAAAACUUAAACACUGAAUGCGAUUACUUUGAUAAAGAUAAUGAAAAUAGCCCAAAUAAUGUAUAUAGCAGCUAGAUAAACUAAUCUCCGUCUUUUUUAUGUAAUAUAAAAAAUAGAUUUAAAAAAUUAAAUAUAACGAUUGAUUAGAAAGAGAGUUAAAAAGAUAAAGAGGAUAACUCUAAUGAAUUAAUAAAAUGA